UUGAUUAGGCAUUACAUCUACACGUAUGCUGACUAAUUUCUUCCAUGGUCUCUUUUUCAUCCUCUUCUUUAGUCACCUCUCCAUGGCUUUACGAUGUCUUCUUAAGCUUUAGAGGAGAAGAUACUCGUGAAAUUUUUACUGCUCAUCUUUACAAUGCUUUGAUUCAAAAGGAAAUCUAUACCUACAUAGAUGAGGAUGAGGUUAGAUGAGGUGAUGAAAUUUCACCUGCACUCUUCCAAACUAUAGAAGUUUCAAGAAUUUUUAUUAUUGUAUUCUCAAAAAAUUAUGCAUCAUUAACAUGGUGCUUGAACGAGCUAUUAAAAAUUCUUGAAUAAUAUAAAAAAUCAAAGCAAUAAAAGGUGCUGCCUAUAUUUUACCAUAUAGAUCUAUCGGAUGUACGCUAUUAAAAAAAGAGUUUUGGAGAAGCAUGGGCUAAACAUGCUGAGAAAUUGAACGUAGACACGAAGAAGUUGCAGCUGUGGAAGGAAGCCCUUCGAGAAGUUGCCAAUUUGUCCGGAUACCAUCUGAUCAGAAAUGGGAAUGAAUCAAAAUUCAUUGAAAAAAUCGUUCAAGAUGUCUCAAGAAUGGCAAAUGAUCAUUUAUAUUUACAUGUUGCUGAGCAUCUCGUUGGAUUAAAACCUCGUGUAGAAGAUGUCAAAUUGCGUUUAAGACUUGGAAUGAAAGACACACGAAUGAUAGGAAUUUUUGGAGUUGGGGGAAUUGGUAAGACAACUCUAGCCAAAGCAAUUUAUAACUCGAUUGCUUUUCAAUUUGAAGUUAGUUUUUUUCUUCCAAUUGAUAGCGACGCUUGGAAUCAAGUGAAUCAUUUGGUCCAACUGCAAAACAAUCUUCUUUCUAAGAUUUUAGGAGACUGUAGAAGUUUGAAGGUUGACAAUAUUGAUGUGGGAAUCUAUAUGAUAAAGCGUAGGUUUCACUCUAAGAGAGUUCUUCUAAUUCUUGAUGGUGUAGACCACUUGGAUCAAUUAAAAACAUUAGUAGGAGCACGUGAUUGGUUUGGUAAAAGAAGUAGAAUCAUCAUCACAACAAGAGAUCAACACUUGUUGACUGCUCAUGGAGUCGAUUCAAAAUAUGAGAUGACGGGAUUGAAUCAAGAUGAUGCUUUUCAACUAUUUUGUUGGCAUGCUUUCAGAAGUGAGAAACUGCUUGACGAUUAUGGAGAGUUUGUAGAACAGAUCAUAAAUUUUGCUGGGAGCCUUCCACUAGUUUUAACAGUGCUUGGCUCGGAUUUAUAUGGUCGAACUAAAAAAGAGUGGGAAAGUGCAUUGGAUCAGUACAGGAAAAUCCCUCACCAAGAUAUUCAAAAAAUACUUCAAACGAGUUAUGAUAGAUUAAGUGAAAAUGAAAAGAAUGUUUUUCUUGACAUAAAAACAAUGGAGAAUGGCUUUAUAAUGUCAUUGAGAUGCUAGAUAGUUUUGGUUUUUACCCAAACUUUUCGAUCCCAAGACUAAGGGAGAAGAGUCUUAUUUCGGAAUUUCACGGAAUAUUGCAAAUUCAUAACUUGUUACAAGAUAUGGGUAGAGAAGUUGUUCGACAAGAAUCGCUCAAAAAUCUAGCCACACGUAGCAGAUUAUUCUUUCAUGAAGAUGUUCACGAAGUACUGGAGAAUGAUAUAGUAAGUCAGAUCAAAAUCUCUUUCAAUUAAACAUUAUUUCUUUAGCACAUGUGACAUAUACGUAUGUGUAUAAAUAUAUGAAUAAAUGAAUAAUUUAUUUUUUGAUUUUGUUGGCUCACUUAAACAUGCAUUGUCUUCCUAUACAAGGAACAAAUAAUCAUGUUGAAGGAAUUGUUAUAGAUUUUCCUGAAGGUGAUGAUAUCAUUCGCUUGAAUCCCAAGGCCUUCGAGAAUAUGAAAAGACUCAGAUUAUUUAGAUGCCGCAAUGCACAUUUUUCUGAAGAACUUAAUUGUCUACCUAAUUCAAUAAGAGUGCUUGAUUGGCCUGAUUGUCCUUUACAAUCUAUGCCAUCUAAAUUUCGUGGAGACAAACUCUCUAUUCUACUCAUGCCUGGAAGUCGCAUCUCGGAGAUAUCGUUGGAAUUUAAGGUACAACUAUUAUUAUUUUCAAUAUUUCUUUCUUUAAACUUAGUUUGAUGUUCUUUUCUUUUAACAGAAUCUCUCGGUUAUGAAUUUCGGUGGUUGUGAUUUCUUAACGAAAUUCCAGGAUAUUUCAAGUUGCCUAAAUUUGACGGAAAUAGAUCUUCAUUCUUGUAAAAAUCUAGUUGAAGUUCAUGAUUCUGUUGGAUUAAUCCUUGAUACGCUUGUUAACUUGAGACUUGCUGGAUGUUUCAAUCUAAAGAGCUUUCCAAGGAGACUCCAAUUGAGAUCUCUGGAACUCCUUGAUCUUAGUGAUUGCUCAAGCCUUCCAAACUUUUCUGAAAUAGAAUCUGAAAUGGAACAUUUACACUCUGUCAACUUAACGGGCACCGCAAUAGAAGAAUUGCCUUCAUCCAUUGGGUACCUCACUGGGCUUUCAAGGUUACACCUAAAUGGCUCCGUAAACCUGAAGUGACUACCAACUAGCAUUCAUCAGUUGAGAUUUCUAUGUAAAAUUUAUCUCAGGAAUUGUCCAAAUAUUAUAAGUUUUGGGAUGGAGGAGGUGCAUAAUGGACAACCCACGCCCUAUGUAGUGUCUACAAGCUGGAAAAAUAAAGCUUCAUUGGGUGCAAAAUUAUUCCCAUUGCCGCCUCCAACAAAAUCAACCACUUCUCUUAACUUGAAUCUUAUGAACUCUGGCCUAUCAAAAUCGAAUUUCUUUGGGCCAUUUCAUUUCUUUCCCAAUUUGUAUUUUUUAAAUCUAUCAGGAAGUGAUAUCGUAAGCAUUCCUACAAGCAUCAAAACAUUUGUUAGAUUGUGGUAUCUUAUAUUGAAUGAUUGCAAGCAAUUUCAAGAAAUCAAAGAGUUUCCACCGAAUCUAAAAGUGGUAAAAACUAGGGGAUGCAUAUCAUUGGAAAGUUUACCAAAAAUAUCAAAAGAAUUCAAUUUCCCACGGCUACAAUGGAUUGACCUGGCCAGAUGCUAUAAAGUGAAUAUGGGAAAUUGGAUAUCAAAUCCUGCAUGGAAUGGAGCUGAGAUGAUAUUUCCGGGAUAUAAGAUUCUAGAUUGGUUCAGCCAUUGCAAGGAGAUCACUUCAAAUAGUCAUCGGUGUGAAUUUGAUAUUAAAGUGGCCCCACUGCAUAAUUUGGAUGACAUCAUAAGAAUUGCUUUUUGUGCUAUUAUUGAACCCAUUGUAGCUACUUUUUUGGAUGUUCACAUCUGGAGAACAUUGGGACUAGUUCCCUACGCCAGUCGUUAUUGCGACACACAUGCAACCUUUGUUGAAAUUGAUUCAGAUCAUGUAUGGUUAAGGUACCUAACUACAGAAAAUAUUACGCGCCUACGAAAUGUGAGUGUAGAUCUGGCAGAUGAUCAUCUGAUGAUUAUAUUUGAAAACUGUUUCCUAGAUAAUUCGUUGAUCUUCAAACGUUGUGGAGUCCAUUUGUUAUACAAACAGCAAGAUGAAUAGAAUGCAAAAAAUCAUGAAAAUGUUGAUGUCCAUUUGGAUGCACCCAUUGAAGAUAUUGGAAAUUUAGCAAAUCCAAUGGAUCAUGGAAGUCAACUUUCUAAGAGGCGUCGUGUUGAUCUUGACGACGACGAAGAUGAUCACAACAUUGAACCUAACUUGUACCCACAACAAAGGAAGCCUGCUUCAACCUUGGAAAUCAAACUUCUUUUGCAUGCUAGACGUAGUGAUGGUUGACUUCAAAUUUGUUUCAAGUGUAAAGUAGUUAGUUUUAUUUGGCAUUUUAACUUAAUUAAGCUUUGUAUAUAUGAAUGAAAACAUUAUUAUAUAUAGCCUGGAAUUGCCAAUACAAUUCGCUUGUGAUCAUUCA